CGGCAAUGUAGCAAACUGUCAAGUCAACUGUUCCAAGCUCCCAACAACCCAAGAACCCAAUAAAAUUUGAAACGUUUUUCAGACUCAGAUAGAACGCUGAGCGGCCCAACCAAUACAACAUUCUUAAAUAAUGACUGAGAAGUCCGCAAAAGACAAAACGAUAUCGGCGCAAUACGCCGAAUUAAAUAAAUUCAGCCAAAAUGAGGAUUUCGAAAGGGCCCUGAAGGCUGCCAAUAAAAUUCUCGGAGUAGCCCCACAAGAAUAUUUAGCGUUCCAUUGCAAAAUCGUUUGCCUAAUUCAGCUAGGCAGGUUCGAUGAGGCUAUAGGACAUAUUAAUAAGAAUCCAGAAUAUUUACAAACGCUAAUUUUUGAAAAAUCUUACUGCUACUAUCGCCUUAACAAACACCAGGAGGCGCUGGAAACGAUAGCCAAAUGUGAAUCGGAGCCUGAUCUGCGCACCAAAGAAUUGCAAGCGCAAAUUUUCUACAGGUUAGAACAGUACAGAGAGGCGCAUGUAAUUUACCAGAACAUCAUCAAAAACACUGACGAUGACUACGAAGAGGAACGUCUGACAAAUUUAUAUGCCACUAUGGUAUUUUUGGAGGAAAACGAAAGGGCUGAUCUUGACGAGCUAAGAGAGACUCCUUACGAGUUGUGCUACAAUAAAGCAUGUAUGCUGAUUGCUUCCGAAAAUUACCUGGAAGCUGAGAAAAAAUUGAAACAAUGCGAAAAAUUGUGCAGGGACAAAUUGGAGGAAGAUGACAUAACUGAAGAGGAGGUUGACAUCGAGUUGGCGCUAAUUCGAAUCCAGCUUGCUUACGUGUACCAAAAGCAACAGCGCAUAAAAGAAGCUCAAGUCCUUUACACGUCGACCUUGAAACUUAAACUCCAAGAUGUUGCCACACAAGCUGUAGCCUGCAACAACAUCGUUGUCAUAAACAAAGACCAGAAUUUGUUCGAUUCAAAGAAAAAAAUGAAAAUCGCCUUAAAUAACACACUUGUGCACAAACUGCCAGCCUCCCAACGUAAAUAUAUCGCCUUGAACAAUGCCAUUUUGAAUUAUUAUAUUAAUCAAGCUGACCAAUGCGAGAAAGCUUGUAAAGUCCUCGAGUCUCAGUGGCCUGAAUUUGCCCAUCAAGUCAUGAUUUUGCGCUCCUUGAACCUGAUUAAGGCAGAUAAAAUCAGUGAGGCAAUCAAGUUGCUGCUCGAUAAUCAAAAUACUCACCAGGAAAGUCGUGAUAUUUAUGUGGAUUUGUGUAUGGCUCAGUUUUACCUGAUGAAGGGUGAUAAAAUGGAGGCCUGUCGGGUUUUGGAGAAUCUGGGGGAUGAUGGAGCAUUUAGGCCUGGAAUUGUUGGAGCUCUAACUACUCUGUAUUUAGCUUUAGGGUAUGAAAGAGCUGCACUAGCUGUUUUUGAGAAGACAGUGCAGUUUUAUAAGAAAACAAAGGUCAAAGCAGCAGAUUUAUCCAGUUUCUGGCGUCAAGCGGCCGAUUUCCACAUCAGAAAUGGUCAUCCUCAAGUAGCUGCAAACAGCCUGGAAGAGUUGCUGUCUGUCAAUAAUGAUGACAACAAAAUCACUGCCCAAUUAACCCUCGCUUGCGCCCAGUUUGACAAAGAACGCGCCCUAAAACUCGCAAAACAAUUGCCAACAAUCAAAGAACUAUCCCAAGAUAUCGAUUUGGAGAAUAUUCAGUUGCUGACAGCUGUGAAUUUGAAAAAGAGCCCUGCUGUUGGUAAAACUGAUUCGUCAUUGCCAAAUACUCCAAGAAUGGAUGAAAAAAAAAAGAAGAAGCACCACCAUCGAAAAGGUAAACUGCCUAAGAAUUAUGACGCCUCAGCGCAACCAGAUCCGGAACGUUGGUUACCGAAAUAUGAGCGCGCAGGUUACAGAAGAAAACGUGACAGAAGGUUGGCCAAAGAUGUUAUUAAAGGGUCCCAAGGGACUUCGUCUGGACAGAGUGAACAGUUCGACUUUUCCAGCAAAAAAGUUGAGGAAAUUGGCUCUGAUAGUGUUACAGAACCUUCUCCGAAAAAUAGGCAACAGAAAAAAGGCGUUAGUCAACAGAAAAAGAAAAAUAAACGCCGCUAGAUUGGGCUGUUAGUUUGUUUAAUUUUUUGUUUGUUUAUGUUGUUGAUGCUAUAUUAAAACUAUAUUGAAUAUUGGCCGAGCACUAUUUUUUAAAAGUAUAUUUAUAGAUUUAUAGAUUAAUUCAGUAUGUAUAGGGUGAUCUAUAACAAAUGUCACCUCUCCUAACUUUUGACAUUUUAAAAACUUUUAACAAUUUCUUAAAACUUUUGUAUUUGACACUUUUGUCAAAAACGUCAAAUGUUAGGUGGGGCCGGUGGGGGUGACAUUUAUAAUAGAUCACCCUGUACGCAGAUUUUUAGCUCAAAUUUAAUUUGCCCCAAAAAUCAUCAUAUUUAAAGAUAAUUGAGUGCGAUUUAAAUUAGGGUGUUUAAAGCUGGGUACGCAUAUGAGCAUGAACGCGAAUGAGGCAAUCCGAGGCCGAACCAUUUGCCUCGGAUUCGGGAAGAAAUAAAUUUUUGGGUGACCUGAAUAGUGGACGCACGAGGCGUCGUACGUAAUCGAUUCAUAAAUAUGUGGUGAGCAUUCUUGUUGUUAUUAAUUUAAAUUUUUAAUCGCGUUCAUCUCAAAACAACAUGUGGACCGCCUCGACCUCGAAAUGAAUUUUUUAAAAUUUCCAUCCACACUGAGCACAUAUCGUCGCCUUCCUUGCAAAGGGGCCUAUCUCAUUUUUUGAUUUUUCAGGAGAGAAAAAAGUACAUAUAUUAUUUAAGAUUAUUUUUGUGCCAAAUCUGAGAUAGGCCUAAUACUGAAAAAGGCGUAUCUUCGAGAUUACCUAUAUUUGAGAUACGCCUUCAGGGUAGUUGCAGGUAACUGUUUUGAUGCCUCCCAAGGGCCUAACACAAUUUAGCAAUUUUUUGAGAUAAGCCUCUUUGUAAGGAAGGCGACGAUAUGAGCAGCGCACGAGCAGAUGCCUCACUUUGAUGUACCGACAACAAUUAGAUCGGGUCGUGGCCAAAUGCAUGCGGGUUCAAACAAAUUUGCACGCCUCGUUCAGACGUACACAUACGUAUGCUCAUGCGUCCUCGGGCUGCCUCAUUCGCGUUCAUGCUCAUAUGCGUACCCCGCUUUAGAUUAUUUUCCCUAGUCCAGACUGGAGCUGUUUAUUUUCAAUUUAACAAAUGGCUCCAAUUCUUAUAAACAAUUUUCAGCAAUUUCCCAUAUCCUGAAUAUUUAUUUUGUAAAUGAAAACAUGAACAAAAACGUGAAGAAGACACAUAAUUUUUCUCAAUAAUGAUAAUAUUAUGCAUAUAAUAAUAUAAGGGCGGCGGUGGCCUAGCGAAUUAAGGUGCUGGCUACAUAGGUCUAUGCACUGGGUUCGAAGUUUGAACAUACUCCUCAGUCAGUAAUCUGCACUAAUAGUGACAACAGGUAGUGCCCUCCAAGGGCACACACCUGAAGCUCCUGGAUAACUGAUUGACCUUUGGAAGCCCCCAAUUAAACUGUAUGUCCCAAGGACCUUCCUGAUUGUCCCAGGAGCAAAAAUGGAGGAUAAAUUCAUAAACAACAAUUAUAGAAAAUAUCUGUAAUAUGCUUCUUGCAAAAUGUUUUUAAAUGUUUUCGAAUGUCUACUAAGUACAUAAAUCAAUCUGUAAAUAGUCUGAGAUCAUUCAUUUCAUUUGUCAUAUUUAACAUUGAAAUUUGCACCCAAAUGCCAGAGAAAAUAGGGUAAUCCUACAAGCCGAUACUGACGUCAUCGUCAUCAACUAGUAGUGUGUGAACAAAUUGCAUAUCUCCUACUAUUUUUAGACAAUUUAUUCAUACAAAUUAUUUGUAGAAAUAUGAAAUGUGCAAGAGGCCUAUUAUUGACUUUGUCUAAAAUCUAACAGCAAAUCAAUGUCAAUUUAUAUCAUUGGAAUGUAAUGUAUAAAUCUUAUAGGAAUUAUUGAAAUACCGAAUACAAUUAUUUGUUAAGAUUUUUAACGACUUUCAAGUAGACUGGGUGUAAAAUAAAAUAAAAAAAAUAGGACAUCUAUGAUGUAGUGUAUUAAUUUCAAUAAAAAAAGACGUAGGGCAGGAUGAUAACCUACGACCUGGAGCAAUAAAAUGUUUUAGAAAACGGCCAAUUAUUAACGACACAAGAAAUAGAUAAUUAUAACAGUGGCGAGGGGGCGGGCGGACCGCCCCGGGCGCCACUUUUAGGAGGGCGGCAAUUAAUUGCCGCUUCUUGCACCCUUCAAGACUUGCCUGUAACCAACAUCAUCAUUGAAGUGAAAACUUUAGGCGCGUUUAGCAAAACAAAACGAAUUGUUAACGCUCAUUCCGUUGGAUACAGUCGGCUCGAGUCGAGUUCAGCCAAGCAAGAGAAAAAAACAGUCAGUAGUGCGGGAAAGAGAGAUAGCGCGAUUGGGAUUCAAUCGCGACUCCCCCUAGAACAAAUUCCGGUGACGUUGCCUUUCUACAAGUGGUCGGGACGUUACAUAUCGACAGAUUCAGAAUCCCACCCAGGCAACCUAUCUCUUUUAUGGCCGAAUUUAUAGUCGU